CCGCUAUUCCCCCUUGCUAUGGUCACACCCAGCAACCAGUUUACAAACUGUCGGAACAAUUGAUGCCUGUUGAGCAGUUACAUUAUAUUUUAUAUGUAAAGUGUCUUUUAUUUACCUAAGUUUCAUAAGUAUAUCAAAAUGUCUCAUACUAUUGUUACUACAACGACAACAACAUCAUCGACGUCCAAUGGAGGAUUUUGCAACCUCGGUUAUGCUCGUUCAUAUCAAGGGUUGCUGAAAAUCGGCCAAAUGGUGACCCUUUUGAUUGCCUUCCUGUGUGUUCACUGUGCGCCAGGGUGGACGGAUUAUUCUGCAUUCCGUUACUUUGAGGUGGUCACCGCGUGGUUCCUCAUCGUCUUCCUUAUCUUUUUUGUGAUGUACCUGCUGAGGCUUCAGAGUAAAAUCGCUUGCAUUAACUGGACAUUGACAGAGUUUUUACAUUACGCUGUGGGAGGCAUUCUGGUCUUUAUCGCCUCUAUCGUCGCAGCCGUGAAGAGUUAUGGGGUCUCGUCUUUAAUCGCUGGAUCUGUGUUUGGCUUUAUGGCUACUUUUCUUAUUGCCAUCAGCAUAUGGACCUCUUAUAAGGUCACAUGUGGCUCUCAGCCAACCGGUGCAGCCGUGUAACAUAAAGGAUGAAAUGGUAUUAAAAAGUAAGUAGCAGAGAAAAGAUUUUCAGUUUGUUCAGAUGAUGACCUGAACAGGACCAUUUUGAAACCCUUCCUCUUAAAGAUGCUGUAUACUGUAGAGCGGAUUCUUCACUCAACCUGAUUUUUUGUUAUCUCGUCCUGCUCAGCGACUGGGAUCAAACUCGAAAUUUAGCAGCUGUGACACUGGGUUACUUAAAGAGUGGAUUUUGGUUCGUUUAUUGUUAUUGUGUAAAGCCAAAAAGGGCCAUUUAUCCACAAGAAUGUUUACAUUAUUUAUUUGAUUUUAUAUAAUGUGUUGUAGAUUUGAUCUAGUGCCUGCGAUCACAGUAUAUUGUGGCUAAAGUGAGAAGUCAACUUGAGUCAUUGAAGUCAGCUUACAGUAUUAUUAUAAAAGCUGAAGUGUUUUUGCUAUUUACAGUAUCUAUAAACGAUGUUAUAAUAUGCACCAGUACUGUAAAUCUUAAAGGUGUGGCUUGAAUGUUCAAAGCUUUUGUCAAUGUAUUUUGUACACUGCGCUUAACAAAAAGUGUUUUACUUUCAAAACAA